GCUACAAUUUUUGCUAACUGGGAAGAACAACAAUGGCUGUGCAAUGCUCUUCCUCUUCAGUAAUAUUUGCCUCACAUUCACCACCAAAAUCUUUCUCUUCUUCACACAAUAAGACCCUUUUCUUGGGUUUCUCACUCGCUUCAAAGCCUUCCGUUGUGCCCAAUAAGACCCCUAAAGCUGCUACUCAAAUUCGUUGCCAAGAAAAGACACCUCAUAUUCCUCUUGAACAACGAUGGAUGUUUGAAGAGUCUGAAAUUGAUGGCCCUGACAUUUGGAAUAAAACAUGGUAUCCCAAGGGUGCAGACCAUGUGAACACAGACAAACCUUGGUACAUUGUUGAUGCCACCGAUAAAAUUCUUGGAAGAUUGGCAUCAACUAUAGCAAUACAUAUCAGAGGGAAGAAUCUUGCAACAUACACUCCAAGUGUGGACAUGGGUGCAUUUGUAAUAGUGAUUAAUGCUGAGAAGGUUGCUGUAUCUGGGAAGAAGAGGACCCAAAAACUUUACAGGAGGCACUCAGGGAGACCCGGUGGGAUGAAAGUAGAGACUUUUGAUCAGCUUCAACAAAGAAUUCCCGAAAGAAUUAUUGAGCAUGCUGUCCGUGGCAUGCUCCCAAAAGAGAGGCUUGGUAGACAAUUAUUUAACCAUCUUAAGGUCUAUGCGGGUCCAGACCAUCCUCACGAGGCGCAGAAGCCAAUCGAGUUGCCUAUAAGAGACAAGAGGAUACAGAAGCAACAGUGAACUCCAGUUUCCCUGGAACACCAUCAGCCUGCAGUUUCUCAUUUCCCAUUUCCAGCUGUUUUGUGUUUAACAGGCAUAAACCUCACUGCUUAA